CCUUCUCUACACCUUACUAAGAGGCCCCAUUUGCGUUAAACCUAAAAAAAAGACCAGGCCCCUUUGUUCUUUUGUUUAGCCUCUGGCCGCCAUGACUAGCCGGGAAACCAUCAAUAACUCGCCUGGGAAACCAGAAAACCACCCGAUAAACCGCUUACUACCCUCCCUAAACCUACAUACACCGCCCCACCUUAAGGAUUAUAUACCGAAGCUCCCUUCUUUCUCUAACCCCUUAAUCCACAACCCACUUUACGACCUCUCACAUGAAUUUUUCAUCUCACCCCAUGAAGUGGUUCUCAAGAAAAUACUCUUUGAUUAUUCCGGCGAGAAUUCGGCCGGAGAUCUCUACACGUGUGCGGGACCAAGGACUGAUAUUUGUUUUGACCCCAAAAACGUUAAGGCGGCUAUUGUCACGUGUGGGGGUCUGUGCCCCGGCUUGAACACGGUGAUAAGGGAAUUGGUUGUGGGAUUGUGGGACCUUUAUGGGGUCAGGGAGAUUUUUGGGGUUAUGUCUGGGUAUAGGGGAUUCUGCACGUGUGAGCUGCUGAGGUUGAAUCCUAAGACGGGGCAUGAUUGGCACAAGAGAGGGGGCACGGUGCUUCAGACUUCGAGAGGUGGGUUUGAUUUGGAGAGGAUUGUUCAUUCCAUUGAAGCAAAUGGGUUUAAUCAGGUGUACAUAAUUGGUGGAGACGGCACUAUGCGAGGAGCCGUGAAGAUAUACAACGAGGUCUGUCGCCGAAAGCUCAACAUCUCCAUUGCAGGAAUCCCUAAAACUGUAGACAACGAUGUUGGGAUCAUUGAUAGGUCCUUUGGCUUCCAAACAGCGGUCGAGAUAGCACAACAAGCGAUCAAUGCAGCCCAUGUUGAGGCAGAGAGCGCAGUUAAUGGCAUCGGCCUUGUAAAGCUCAUGGGUCGAAGCACUGGUCACAUAGCCCUACACGCCACCUUAAGUAGUCGCGAUGUUGAUUGUUGUCUUAUCCCUGAGAAUGACUUUUACUUGGAGGGAAAAGGCGGGUUAUUUGAAUUCUUAGACCAACGGCUGAAAGACAACGGUCACUUUGUGCUCGUAGUAGCCGAGGGGGCGGGCCAAAACCUUAUUCCGAGAACUGAAGAACAAAAAGAAGAACGUGAUGAAUCAGGAAACCCCGUGUUUCUUGAUGUCGGUAAUUGGCUAAAAUCAGAGUUGAAGAGCUGGUGGGCAAGAGACCAUAAGGGAUUGUUUACAGUUAAGUAUAUUGAUCCAACAUAUAUGAUAAGGGCAGUGCCAGCAAAUGCAACAGAUAAUUUAUACUGUACACUCUUGGCGCACUCGUCUAUACAUGGUGCAAUGGCCGGAUUUACAGGGUUUGUGACUGGUCCGAUCAAUGGGCAUUAUGCUUAUAUUCCGGUGGAUGAGGUGGCGAGGGCGAAGAAUUUGGUGAAUACUAGAGAUCACAAGUGGGCAUGGGUCAGAUCGGUUACCAAUCAGCCAGAUUUUGUAAAGAGUUAAGGCCUGAAUGGUCUGUACAUAAUAUUUCUUUGAUGAUAAUUAUUGGUGGAUUCUUUUUUUAUAUGAAGAUUUAAAAUCAAUAUGGGUGAUAUCAACUUCUUCUUUUACUGCGUCUGGUUUCCAGGGGU